AUGAACGCCAAACAACAAUUAUUCAUUGCAUUCGUCGUCCUCCUUUGCGCUCUUCAUGGUACCCACGCGGGACCGAUUGCCUAUGCAGUUUGCCAAACCGCCUGUAAUCUUGGAUGGGUAUCAUGUUACGCUUCGGCAGGCUUAGUCGCCGGAACAGUCACCGGAGGUCUCGGUGCACCACUUGCGGCCAUCGCUUGUAACGUCGCUCAAGGUGUUUGUAUGGCAGCCUGUGUUGGGUUGAUAGCCGCUCCAACCCCUUAA